AUGACAAGGCUUUGUGUGUCUGAUGAAUCCCAUGCACUUGGCAAUAACAUGUUAGCUCAAAAGAUUAUUGAGCAGGAAACACCUGCUAAUAAGGCGCACCAAGCAGCCCGAGAAUUGAGACAUACAAUUGAGGGGAAACUUUUUCAACGUGUGUUAGAUGAUGUUUGGAAUAUUAAGGAUCGUAGGGAAUGGCUUAAAUUAGAAAACUUGUUCAGGGCUAGAAGAAAAGGGAGUAUGAUCGUUGUCACUACAAGCAGUAUGGAAGUGGCAGAUACAAUGGGCACGCAUCCGCCUCUUUCCUUGAAAGAUUUGCAUGAAGGUAACUCUUGGGAGCUAUGUUGUAGAGUGGUUUUUGGGGAUGGGAAAGGAUAUUGUGAGAAAAUAUGCAGGAGUUCCACUUGCAAUAAGAACCAUUGGUAUCCUAUUGUUCAACAGAGUUAG